AUGGCCAGCUCCUGUGUCUUGCCCAGGACUCUCUACACCACUGCAUCAGCUUCCCUAACAAGCUUACUUCAGCUUUCUAAUUUCAGACCUACUUCAAGAAACAGGGAGCGUGUGAAUUUUGAAGAUAUGGACAUUGGAUCAUCAACUCCAAUGUCUACGCUCUCUUCUCUCCACGAGACAUCUGAGAUACUUGAUGGUCAGCCUGCCAAAUGUUAUUUGCAAAAUUGUGACAGACCAGUGAGAACUCCCUUAUCUGAAAUCACCAACAAUUUCCCAAGGAACCUAUCAAACACCUCAGGCACCAGAGCUGAGAUAGUUGAAGGUCAGGCUGCCAAAUUUGUUUCGCAAAACCAUGUCACACCACGAACAACUCCGUUAUCUAAUAUCACCAACAAUUUAUCAAGGAACCUAUCAAAUACCUCAGCCGACAGAGGUAAAGGAAAAUCCAAAGCAUCAACAUUUGAUCCUCCCACUUUGAAACCCUUUAGCCGCAACCUUUUUGAUGAGGAGUUUAGCCGCGACCCGACCACUCACACUGUACUUUUUGAUGAGGAUUUGGAGGAGACUAGAUUACCAGCUUCAUAUCUUUCUGAUGAUUCUCUGUCUGAUUUGGACACAUCAUAUGAAGAUCAAUACACAGAGGAAGCUUUUGAUGUUUAUGGUAGUGGAGAAUCUGAAACAGAGAACACACACCCAAACUUGACAAAGAAUAAGAAGAGGACUACAUGUGGUUCCAAAUACCUUAUACCCGAAGAAUAUGCUACUCUUGGUGCUCCUUCUAAAGUCUGCAGUUACUGCAAUGCAAUGAUGUGGCACGAGGAGCGUGUAAACAAGAAUGUCACGAAAGGAAAACCACUAUUUUCUAUUUGCUGCAGGAAAGGUGAUGUCAAAUUACCAGAACCUAUGGAGACUCCAGAAUACUUGCGCAGUCUUUAUCAAGAUGAGGUUGGAGGUUCAGAUUUCCAGAGAAGCAUUAGACUAUACAAUGCCAUGUUUGCAUUUACCUCUGCUGGUGGGAAUGUGGACCAUUCCAUUAACAGAGGCAGGGGUCCCUACAUUUAUCGCCUAAAUGGUCAAAAUCACCAUGUUUUUGGCUCUUUAAUACCGGAUGAUGGCGACACUCCUAAAUUUUGUCAGCUCUACAUAUAUGAUACUGCAAAUGAGGUUAGCAACCGUCUGCGGUGGGUUAAGGUGUCUGAUGAACAACCUGUGAAUGCAGAAAUUGUAGAUGGAUUAAUUAAAAUGCUUGAUGAAACUAAUGAGUUGGUGAAGAAAUUUCGCAGUGCACGUGAUCGUUGGGAGAACAAGGACAUAUGUGAUUUGAAAGUCGAGCUAAAAGUGUGUCGUGCUCAGAAUGGCAGGGAGAAUCAUGUCUCUGCAUCGAACGAGGUUGCUGGCAUUAUGGUUGGUUCUAGCUCCAAUACAACUCCUGACCGGGAUAUCAUAAUUGAACCAAAAUUUGGAAAACUGAAACGUGUGUCCUAUAUUCAUCCCAAAUUCAUGGCGCUUCAAUAUCCAUUGCUCUUUCCGAAUGGAGAGGAUGGAUACCAUGAUAAGAUUCCAUUCCAGAGUGCUGAUUUAUCAAACCUGAAAGAUCGAGAUUUCAUAUCAAUGAAAGAUUAUUAUGCGUACCAGUUUCAAGUCCGGCACAAUCAAUCUUUGACAACCAGAUUAGGUGGGAGACUCUUCCAACAGUAUGUUGUGGAUGCAUUUUCUUCGAUUGAACAAACAAGAUUGUGGUGGUUUAGGAAAAAUCAAACAAUUUUGCGGAAUGAGUUAUAUAGUCAUAUAUGUGAUUCUGUCAGAAAUGGUGAUUUGAGUUCAUCUAAUGUUGGUAAAGGUGUUAUCUUACCAGCUGGAUUUGUUGCCUCUAAAAGAUACAUGCAACAGAACUUCCGGGAUGCGCUUGCAGUGUGUCGUCAUGUAGGCCAUCCGGACAUAUUUUUGACGAUGACAACUAAUCCAUUAUGGGAUGAAAUUCAACGAAUGAUGCAGUUUCUACCUGGAUGUAAGUCUGAGAAUUCACCAGAUAUAAUUUCUCGGGUUUUUCGGUUGAAACUUGAUCAGCUCACAAAUGACAUCAAAAAAAAGUCAUUUUUUGGAACCUGUGUCGGAGAGUUUCAAAAGCGUGGCCUCCCCCAUGUGCAUAUGCUUAUUUGGCUUGACAGUAAAUCCAAAGUUUACCUCAAGAACAAUGUAGAUAAAUUUGUUUCGGCAGAGAUUCCUGAUCCUGUGAAAGAUCCUGUUGGGUAUGCUGCGGUCAAAGCUUUCAUGAUACAUGGCCCUUGCGGAUUGCAGAAUACUAAAUCUCCAUGUAUGAAAGGUCUUAAAUGUAUUAGGCAUUUCCCUAAGAAGUACUCUGCACGCACAAUGUUUGAUGAAAGUGGUUUUCCUAUCUACCGAAGACGAAGACAGAACAUAACAGUUCAUGUUCGGAAUGCAGAUUUGGAUAAUCAAUGGGUGGUCCCUUAUAAUCGUGAUUUAUUGGUAAAGUACCAAUGUCACAUGAAUAUUGAGAUUUGUUGCCAUGCGCGUAGUUUGAAAUACCUCUUCAAAUAUUGCUUAAAGGGACACGAUACUGCUACUGUUCAUGUGACUGGGAAGAAAAAAAAACAGUCCAACCAAAAUGGUGCUGAGCCUGUAGAUGAGAUUGAUGCAUACUUUGACGGUCGCUACAUUUGCGGGGCAGAAUCAGCUUAUAGGAUUUUUGGUUUUCCUAUUCAUUAUCGUACUAUAUCCGUAGAACGUCUUCCAUUCCAUCUUCUAGGUCAGAAAAACUGCACAUUCCAUUCUUCCCAGCCCUUAAACAAGGUAGCUGAACGUGAGAAGGAUAGAUUCAGCAAAUUAGAAGCCUUUUUCCAUUUGUGUACUGUUGAUGUGUCUGCCAGGCAAUAUACUUAUCAGGAAAUACCACAACACUUUGUCUGGGAUGAUGGUCUAAGAAACUGGAAGCCAAGAAAAAGAGGCUUUCAGAUUGGUCGACUAUCGUACACACAUCAUAGUAGUGGUGAGGUAUGGUUUAUGAGGUUGUUGCUGACGAAAGUGCGCGGCCCUACUUCUUUUCAGAGUCUGAGAACUGUGAAUGGUGUCUGCUAUGAUUCUUUCCGUGAUGCUUGCAAAGAGUAUGGUUUGCUUGAUGAUGACAAAGAAUGGCAUGAAGUUUUAACUCAGUGUUCGUCAGGUGGUCUGCCUCCGCAAAUCAGGCAGCUCUUUGUUCACAUUAUUGUUAACUGCAAGGUAACAGACUUAUGUAAUCUGUGGACAUCUCAUUGGAAGCACAUGGUUGAUGAUAUUCUUUUAAAAAGAAGGCGAUUAAACAAAGAUGACAGUCUGAUGUUGGACGACAAACAACUGCAAUUUUAUGCUCUUGCAGAAAUUGAUGAUCUGCUGAGGUCUAUUGGUAAAUCGUUAAAGAAUUUUCCUCAGCUGCCACAGCCACCAGAGACUUAUCUCAACCAUGGGAGUAAUAACCUCAUUUUAGAAGAAACCAACUACAAUAUUCUUGAAAUGGAUUUAGAAAACAAGAAGUUGGUGUCCACAAUGAACGAGGAACAAUUAAAUGUCUACAAUGCUAUUUUAGAGUCUGUUGGGAUUGCUGCGACACUAAUGCCAGGUGGUAGAACAGCGCAUUCCCGGUUUAAAAUACCUAUUGUCUUGGAUGAAUUAUCAGUGUGUGCCAUUGGAAAUAAAUCAGAUAUUGCUGAAUUAAUUAGGCAUACAAAACUCAUUAUAUGGGAUGAAGCUCCCAUGCAACACAGAUAUGCCUUUGAAUGCUUGGAUCGUUCUCUGAGGGAUAUUAUGAAAUCUUCUGAUCUAACUCGCGCUGCUUUACCUUUUGGUGGAAUUACUGUGGUCCUAGGAGGAGAUUUCAGGCAGAUACUUCCGGUCAUUCCUCAUGGAGACAGGGCUGAGAUUCUCGGGGCAUGUAUAACCAGAUCGUAUCUUUGGAAUAUCUGUAAAAUUUUUGUUCUUACCAAAAACAUGCGGCUCAAGAAAGGUGCAUCAGAUGUUGAAGUUAAUGAAUUAAAAGAAUUUGCUAAAUGGGUGCUUGAUGUAGGCGAUGGUAAAUUUACUACAUCUAACAAAGCAGAUGAUGGAUUGAAUGAGGACAGUAUUCAAGUGCCUCUAAAGUUUUGUGAUUUGGAAAAUGACAACUCAGUUGAAAACAUGAUCUGCAGCAUAUAUCCUGAUUUUGUCCACAACUCUAUGAAUCCAGAGUAUCUCAGCGAGAGGGCUAUCCUGACUCCCACUAACCAAACUGUUGGUCAUCUCAAUUCUCUUAUUGUAGACAUGAUUCCUGGUGAUGAAGUUACUUAUUACAGUGUCGACAGCGCAGAAGAUUUUGGUGGCACGGAGGCUGAUUUGCACUGUGCAUUUCCUAUUGAGUAUCUUAAUUCUCUAAGUGUGCCAGGUAUGCCGGCUCAUGAUUUGAAGCUCAAAGUUGGCGUUGUUGUAAUGCUAAUGAGAAACUUGAAUCAAACCCUUGGCCUUUGCAAUGGAACUCGAAUGAUUGUAACCAAGUGUUUGAAAUUUUGUGUAGAGUGUGAGGUUAUUUGUGGAUCUUUUAAAGGCACACGACAUUUUAUUCCCCGAAUGGAGCUAUGUCCGAGCGACUCGCUACUGCCCUUCAAGCUUGUGAGGAAACAGAUGCCACUUCAGAUCUGCUACGCAAUGACAAUCAACAAAUCCCAGGGACAAUCUUUAAAGACUGUUGGUUUGUUUCUGCCAAAACCCGUCUUCAAACAUGGACAGUUUUAUGUUGCAAUAAGACGAGUCACAUCUCCUCGAGGCCUCAAAGUUUUUAUUGAUGAUGAUCGUGGAUUUCCAACUAAUGUCACGCAGAAUGUAGUAUAUAAAGAAGUGUUUUAUGCUUUGCCAAGGUAG